CAAGCCCUCGCCGCGGCCGGUCGUGUGCUCUCCCCGCCCUGUCCCUGCCGCCUCGCCGCCGCAGACCACUGGACGGAGUGUAGUGGACGCCUAGUUGACUGUGACGCUUGUGUCUCCGAACUGAAGAAGCCGCCUCUCCUUACCCGUCCAUCCUCAAGCACUACCUCUCCUGUUGAACGAAGGCGCCUACGCUACUACGAUGGGGUGCGGGCCGUGCCGGUGGACGGAGGCGGUGGUGGGGCUGCUGAUGGGCCUGCUGGCGGGCGCCGCCGCGGUGGUGGCCGCCGUCACCUUCUACCAGUGCACCAACCAGUCGCUGCUCAACUACUGGCUCAUGAUAAACGGAAUGGUCACACUGGGCGCCUUCAUGGGCCUGGUGGUGUGGCGGCUGGCGCCCAUUCCCGGCAGGUACAUCAACGCCCUGACCUUCCUAACAGGCUUUCUCAUCUUCCUCAACGUCGCCUGGCUGAUACUCGGCAAUGUGGCGGUGGGCCUCGUGUACUCCGUGUGCUUCGUGGGCGCCUCUCCGGACGUCUACCUGGACAUUGAGGUCAACUGUUCCUCCUACAUUUUGCCGCUCACCCUCGCAGUCGUGGUCAUCUUCGACGUCCUCUGCGUCAUCCUCAUUGCAGUGCUGUGUGUCCAAGCCUUCAGCUGUGAGGCGGACAGCGAGGAUGAUGAUGAGGAGGAGGAGGGGGAAAAGAAGGAGGAUUAUUCGGGCCCGAGCGUGUGGUGGGUGAGCGUGGUUUUCAUCAUUCUCUUCGCCAUUCUCUCCGUCGUGGCCAUCGCCGUGGGCGCCACCUUCCUCAGCGAGUGCAGCGACCAGAUCUCCGGACCCGUCUGGCUCAUCGUGUUUGGCUGUGUAACCAUCUUUGUCCUGCUGCUCGGCCUGUACUGGACCCGCUACCGCUGGGAGGCCGGCAAGCUGUGGUCCGCCCCGGGCUGGUACCUCGUCCUUCCCUUCCUGGUUCUUUUCCUGCUCCACCUCUCCGUCAUUAGUGGUGGGAACGUUUUGCUGUUUGAGGUUCGCGAGGAGAGCUGCGAGGGGGAAGCAGCCUGCAGCAACGCCCUUCAAGUAACACAGAUUGUCAUCGGCUCCAUCGUCAACCUGCUUCUUGUCGCGCUGGUCUACUACGGAGCUGUCUUCUUCCUAGUGGGCAUCUUCUUCUUCAUUGUCACCUUCUACUACUACUGUUGCGGGGAUGCCGACGAGGACCUGGAUGAGGAGGCGCCCAUCAAGCAGGACGCGUAGAGGAGGCCUUCAGCGGCGCCGUCAUGAGCGACCUACAUCACUUACUCGGCGAGACUUUAUAUAUGAAAGGAUUUUAUUUAGUUAGCGAUUCUGAACAGCCUUACGAGUGUAUACGUCGCUGUCCUUGCGAUUAUCAGCAAGCAGAUUAGUGUUUCGAUGUAGCCUUGAAGCAUCCUGGUCCCGUAGUCAACACUUGCUCUCUGCACCAGAUUCAUGUUAUCGUACACUUGGGGUCCACCUCCCGCCAGGAUGUACGAUAAGCUACAGUAGUUAUCGAUAAUGUUUCAGCCAGCCUUGCAUCUUCGAGCCUAUAAAUGCCAUAUAUCGUUCUGCCCGGGACCAAGAGACAUAGAAGCAACAGCCCCACCAGACAGUGAAGGACAGCAUCAGGGAGCGCUAUCACAAAGGCAAAACUCUCGACCGUGAACCGUACUGAACUGAGGGUCGCUAUUCUCAGGCGAGUACGAUAAUCUAGCUUCCAUACCCAGGCGUACCAACCUUGCUGACACGAGUACCCAGACCGUUACGUUUCCAUAAUCUGAUAUAAUCUGUUAGUUGGUGGUUUUUCUGCAAUAGUAAAGGUUUCCCUCUUACAUCAACAAUUCCCAUAGGCCGAAAAAGAGAUAGAGGUCUAAUGAGUGUUUUCUUACAUUUACGGCACGGAAGAAUGAUCAAACUACCACCAGGGUCAUAAAACUACCCCUGGAAAUACCUCAGAACUCCUACGAAAGCCUUGUUAAAUAUGUGUGUCUGGGCGCCGAAUGGGUUGAAAAUAAGGUCCAUGAACUGAAUGGUAGUCCCUGGAGCAGCCUGGCUUUGCUGUCUCUCACGUCGGUGCAAAAGUCGAUCGUCAGAUGUUAUUUUUUUAAGCGUCUGUACUAAAAGAGUCGCUUUGUAGACUUGUUCCUUUCGUUGUUUGACCGUUCGGCAUAUUAAUGUAUCCGUGCUAGACCCACAACGUUAUAGUCUAAGUCUAUAUAUACCAAGUCAAGUCACUCUGCUUCAAAAUUGCGACCGGUACGCGCAGGAGGCGGUUUUAGGGCGGAGCAGCGGGAUGACGUCACUUGGAGCCAAAAAAAAAAUACCCGCCAGUUCAGGGGUGACUAAAGUUGGGGCCGUGUGUGCACUCUGGAUGUGCAUUCUCGCCUUCUUUCACAGCGCGUUCAGGCAAGCCACUGACGAAAAAAUAUGUCUUUUUAUUGUGCUAUUGCGUGACUGUAAUUCCAAUGCCUACAAACGGCGGUGUGGGGUGUGAGGGAGGGCAUGUUGAAGUGAUUGAUUUAAAUUAGUCCGCCUUUCCUCGUUUUCUCUAAAUCCCUGUUUCUACAUUCUCUAGUUUGGCUCCAAGCAGUGUCACGCAUAAACCACGCCUCGGCCGUGUCUCCUCCCACAAACCUGCGCAUGACUUGACUUGGUGUAUAUAGACUUAGAGUAGCCCUCGAGAGUGUCCGCGGCUUAGAACUAACUACACUUAUUUCACUUGAGAGAUUUUCUUCGGCACUGUUCCUCCACACAUCGCCAGGCAUAAUGGAUAUCCUCUCAGUCUAAAGAUAAAGGAAUCCUAUUUGUUAACCUCUAUUCCAUUUCCCUCAGCUGUUGUCGCGCCUAUGAUGGUAAAUGUGAAUAAGUAUAAUAAAAUGUGAUGAUAGUU